GCCAACGAAAACAACCUAUAAAAAUAAAUACGUCACCAAGAAAACACUUCAAAAUGCUACUACUGUGACAUGUGUCUUCGACAAAUAGAUUGUUUAUGGUCGAUUUAAUAAAUGUCUGUACGAGAAAAAAGGUUUAACAUAAAAUGGAUGGCGAUGUUAAAAAAACGAAGCUUAUACAUAUUCCAAAGUUUCUAUUACCGGAGACUUUAACAACAACAGAAGCCAUACCGUUGGACUGCUGUCGACUGAAUGUUUCGUCGGUGUCUAUUAACGAACUCGGUAAACAGCUGUUACAGGCUUCAAUAUGUGGUGACGUCGAGGAAAUUAAGUUGCUUAUGAGUAAAGGGGCGCCUUUCACUGCUGAUUGGUUAGGUACGAGCCCUUUACAUUUUGCUGCGCAGAAAAAUCACUUGGAAGUUUGUGAGAUCUUACUACGAGCUGGGAUUUCGAAAGAUGCCAGAACUAAAGUUGAUAGGACUCCUUUGCAUAUAGCGGUUUUUGAAGGAAACGUCGAAAUUGUUAAAUGCCUUCUAAAUAGCAAAGCUGAUGUUAAUUGUAAAGAUUUGCUUAAUAUGACUCCGCUACACUGGGCAGCCCAAAAGUGCCAUGCGGAAAUAACCGAAAUGUUAAUUCGUCAUGGUGCACAAACUGAUGUCUUAAACAAGUUUGAUUUAACUCCACUGGACAUAGCCUUGCAAUGCGAUAGGCACGACAUUGCGGAAAUUAUUAAUAUGACAGUGUACGAUCCUGAAGUUGCCGCUCAAAAUUUGACCAUCGAAAUGAGAGAAAUGGAUAAUGCAGACUCGGAUGCAGUUUCAUUUCAAACAAAUUCAUUAGACUUGGAUAGCGAAACUAUACCAUUAGAAACGGUUUUGUUAGAAGGCGAUUGUGAAAAUUCAACAGAACAUGAUGAAUUACCUGAUGUACCUGACUCAGCUGUAUUAGAUGACUACACAGAGGAAUACACAAAUGAAAUUCCAGAAAAACAAACUGAAACAACUGAAAAUACCUUUUCAGAAUCGAUUAAACUACUGCAACAACACGGAAUUACAAUGCUUCCAGCAGACGAUGACUCGAACAUCCUAUCUUCGAUAUUGGAGACAGGUCAUUCAGUUGUGCUGACAGAGGUGGGGAAAGAGGUACUAAAUUCGACAAAACCCCUGACGACUGCAGGGACCGUUAAUACUGGAAGUCGAUUGGCACCAAAAAUUAGAACAAUUCCGAUCAAACCAAAAAAAGUUAUAACCGUAACUCCUCAGGAAUUUUUAGCAAUGACUUUAAACCACGGCGGUGUAAUCAAGCAAGUGAACCGAAAAUUGCUUACAAACAACAAAAGCAACACCAAAAGAAUAGUCAUGCAAAAAAGUAAAGUGGGUCCUAUAUUAACUAACGUGAAUAAAUUCAAAUUACAAGAUGAAAAUUUGUCGGACACCGAACUUUUAAUGAGGCAAUUAAUCGACGCAAGGAAACUCGUGGAAGAAUAUAAACAAAAAUUUCUGAAGAAGGAGGCAGAGGCUGAAAAGUACAAGCAACAGUUGCUUCUUAUUGCGCAAUCAAAAAGUGAAUAUUGUUGACUCGAUGGCGUUCAUUAUUUUAGCUGGUUCAGAUAUGCAAUUGACUGUGUAUAUAGGUUAAAAUAAGCCGGUAAUUGUAUUAAGUCUGUAAUUUUGUUUCUUUUAUUUAUUUUUUAUAAGGACGAGUAUAAUAUUGUGAUAUGGAUAAGCGUAAUAAAUUUUAAGUUUAUGCAUGUGGUGGUAAUGGUAUGUGCAGUAGGUGAAAGAAGUUUUGCCCGUUGUGUAUUAAUGCUUACAACGUUGAGAUAAUUAAUUUUUAUAUUUAAUAAAAUAUAAAAUUUUUUGCUGUUGGCAA